GUAAGUGGAGGGCGGAAGCAGCCCGCGAGGCCAGCCGUAAACGGCUCCCUCGCGCCACUUCCGGCCGGCUUCCGCAGACGGGGCUGGUGGGCGAUCGUGAGGCGCCGGAGGACGUUCCCUGCGGCCGGAGCCAUGGAGAUGCCUCUGCCGCCCGACGACCAAGAGCUUCGAAAUGUCAUCGACAAGCUGGCCCAGUUCGUGGCUCGCAACGGGCCCGAGUUUGAGAAGAUGACGAUGGAGAAGCAAAAGGACAACCCGAAAUUCUCGUUUCUGUUCGGAGGCGAGUUCUACAGUUACUACAAGUGCAAGCUAGCGCUGGAGCAGCAGCAGCUCAUCUGCAAGCAGCAGGCCCCGGAGCUGGAGCCGGCCGCGGCGCUGCCUCCCCUGCCGCAGCCCCCGCUGGCCCCGGCUGCGCCCAUCCCACCAGCCCAGGGAGCCCCAUCCAUGGACGAGCUCAUCCAGCAGAGCCAGUGGAACCUGCAGCAGCAGGAGCAGCACCUGUUAGCCCUCAGACAGGAGCAGGUGACCGCGGCUGUGGCCCACGCCGUAGAGCAGCAGAUGCAGAAGCUCCUGGAGGAGACCCAGUUGGACAUGAAUGAGUUUGACAACCUGUUGCAACCCAUCAUUGACACAUGUACCAAAGAUGCCAUCUCGGCCGGGAAGAACUGGAUGUUCAGCAACGCCAAGUCUCCCCCGCACUGUGAGCUGAUGGCGGGCCACCUCCGGAACCGCAUCACAGCCGACGGGGCGCACUUCGAGCUGCGGCUGCACCUCAUCUACCUGAUCAACGAUGUCCUGCACCACUGCCAGCGCAAGCAGGCCAGGGAGCUGCUGGCCGCCCUGCAGAAAGUCGUGGUGCCCAUCUACUGCACCAGCUUCUUGGCCGUGGAGGAGGACAAGCAGCAAAAGAUCGCCCGGCUCCUGCAGCUCUGGGAGAAGAACGGCUAUUUUGACGACUCCAUCAUCCAGCAGCUACAGAGCCCGGCCCUGGGGCUCGGCCAGUACCAGGCGACACUCAUCAAUGAGUACUCCUCGGUGGUGCAGCCGGUGCAGCUCGCCUUCCAGCAGCAGAUCCAGACCCUGAAGACGCAGCACGAGGAGUUUGUCAACAGCCUGGCCCAGCAGCAGCAGCAGCAAAUUCAGAUGCCACAAAUGGAGGCCGAGGUCAAGGCCACCCCGCCGCCACCUGCCCCGCCGCCGGCCCCCACGCCUGCCCCUGCCAUCCCGCCAACCACCCAGCCUGAUGACAGCAAGCCUCCUAUCCAGAUGCCCGGCUCCUCGGAGUAUGACGGCUCGGGAGGAGUCCAGGAUCCUGCCUCUGCCGGCCCCCGGGGCCCUGGGCCCCACGAUCCGAUCCCACCCAACAAGCCCCCGUGGUUUGACCAGCCUCAUCCCGUCGCUCCUUGGGGCCAACAGCAGCCUCCCGAGCAGCCGCCUUACCCGCACCACCAGGGCGGGCCGCCCCACUGUCCACCCUGGAACAACAGCCACGAGGGCAUGUGGGGCGAGCAGCGCGGAGACCCCGGCUGGAAUGGCCAGCGUGACGCGCCCUGGAACAGCCAGCCCGACCCCAACUGGAACAGCCAGUUCGAGGGCCCCUGGAACAGCCAACAUGAGCAGCCGCCGUGGGGCGGGGGCCAGCGUGAGCCGCCCUUCCGCAUGCAGCGGCCGCCGCACUUCCGGGGCCCCUUCCCGCCGCACCAGCAGCACCCGCAGUUCAACCAGCCGCCGCACCCCCACAACUUCAACCGCUUCCCGCCCCGCUUCAUGCAGGAUGACUUCCCCCCGCGGCACCCCUUUGAGCGGCCGCCCUACCCUCACCGCUUCGACUACCCCCAGGGGGACUUCCCUGCUGAGAUGGGACCCCCUCACCACCACCCUGGCCACCGCAUGCCUCAUCCUGGGAUCAACGAGCACCCACCCUGGGGUGGGCCCCAGCACCCCGACUUCGGCCCUCCUCCCCAUGGCUUCAAUGGGCAGCCCCCCCACAUGCGGCGACAGGGCCCUCCCCACAUCAACCACGACGACCCUAGCCUGGUGCCCAACGUGCCCUACUUCGAUCUGCCCGCGGGGCUGAUGGCCCCCCUCGUGAAGCUGGAAGACCAUGAGUACAAGCCUUUGGACCCAAAAGACAUCCGCCUCCCGCCCCCCAUGCCGCCCAGCGAGAGGCUGCUGGCGGCCGUGGAGGCCUUUUACAGCCCCCCGUCCCACGACAGGCCCAGGAACAGUGAAGGCUGGGAGCAGAAUGGCCUCUAUGAGUUCUUUCGGGCAAAAAUGCGGGCGCGGCGGAGGAAGGGCCAGGAAAAGCGCAACAGCGGCCCCUCGCGGUCCCGGAGCAGAUCCAAAAGCCGAGGGCGCUCUUCCUCCCGCUCCAACUCGAGGUCGUCCAAGUCAUCGGGCUCGUACUCCAGGUCCAGGUCACGCUCGUGCUCGCGCUCCUAUUCCCGCUCCCGCUCCAGGAGCCGCAGCCGCUCCCGCUCAUCCCGCAGCCGCUCCCGCUCCCGCUCCCGCUCGCGCUCCAAGUCCUACUCCCCGGGAAGAAGACGUCGGUCGCGGUCCAGGAGCCCCACCCCGCCUUCCUCGGCUGGUCUGGGUUCUAAUUCAGCACCUCCUAUACCUGAUUCAAGGCUCGGGGAAGAGAACAAAGGACAUCAGAUGCUGGUGAAAAUGGGCUGGAGUGGAUCUGGUGGCCUCGGCGUGAAAGAGCAAGGGAUCCAGGACCCCAUCAAGGGGGGGGACGUCCGGGACAAGUGGGACCAGUACAAGGGCGUGGGCGUGGCCCUGGACGACCCCUACGAGAACUACCGCCGGAACAAGAGCUACUCCUUCAUCGCCCGCAUGAAGGCCAGGGACGAGUGCAAGUAGGCGCUCCGCGGGCAGGAGCCGUUGGGACCUUCCCGGCUUACUGGCAGUGACAGAUGGUAGGGACAGCUCGGUG